AUGUCGACAGACGGAGAUUCAAUGGCUCCCACGAAUGGAGACAUCAUCAAGCUUCUACAAGCUUUACGUGCAGAGAAUGAAUUUGGCGUUUUGUCUGAAGGCGAAGACGAGCAAAUUCUCCGACAAAUAUACUCGCCUCUCAAAAGCAGGUUUUGCAGGACCUGCAAAGGAUCUAAAACCUCCAGUGUUAAUUAUGGUAAGAUCCAAAAAAUUGACUGUCGGAAAGAUUUGGAGAAAGUCUCCAGCAACUUCGCCAGAUGGCAACUCAACCCUCUCGAAUUUUGGGAGUGGCCCGUUCUAGAACCUCUAAAGUAUAGCGACGUCUCUAAUAACAGAGCGCGCUAUUUCGUCUUGAGCGCAGCCAAAUUAGAUGCUCAAAUCAUGGACCAAGAGAUUUUACAGAGAUUUGUCGCUAUCGAGAUUUACGCCCUCUUUAAACGGGUAAGCGAAGAACACUCAACUUAUGUGACAGACGACCGUGUUGGCUUCUUUUUACGGCGAUUGGGGCUUCCGGUAUCUGAAGAAGAAGUUAAGACCUAUGGCACCAUCAUCAGACGUGGCAAGAAAGUUGUGUCCUUUUGCAAGAAAUUAAUGCAAUCUGAGCGAUCAGAUGGCUUUGAUGGUGACGAAAAUGAGGAUAUUAUUGCCAUCGAUUACGGAGCAUUAUUUCUAUCCUCUCUACCAAACUCUAUGUGGGACACAUAUGGACUCGUAGGAGAAGACCAAAAACACGCUAUCCAACACCUCCGAAAAAUCGGAAUCAUCGAAGCGGCUAAGGCUACGGGAGCCGACAAUAUGGCGAGAGAUCUACUUAAGUUCCAUCAAAAGAUUCUUUGGAUGCCUAAUAUUGGGUCAGGCUCGAGCAAAAGAGGAGCGAACCAAUGUCAAACCGGAGGAAAUUCGAAGCGGUCCCGAAUCGAAUUUGCUCCCAAUGAGGUCAACACACAGCCUUUAGAAGUUGAUGACAGUGGCCGCUUUCUGGAAAACUCUUGCGACACAGGACAGCUCAUAGCUCUUGCUUCAGCUGCCUGCGCAACUGAGGCUGGCUUCUCGCUCCAAUCGGGAGAACGACGCGAUCCUCCCAACCCAUUGCCCAUCGACCAGCGAGUUUACUCGGAUGCGGCGAGCUUGGGCCAUUUGAAUGCAAGCCCAGGCGACUUGUCUCAUCCGAAUGGGCCCGGAAACGCACCAUCCCUAAGCAUAGAAGAGCUACUUCAACCGUUAGGUACAGACUUUGUCGGUGUACCAUCACUGAGCAUAGAAGAGCUACUUCAACCGUUAUGUGCGGAUAAUUUUGUCAGUCCACCUUUACUGAGCAUAGACGCGCUGUUGCAGAACUCUGAGAUGAACUGCGAAGUACAAGAUGUUCCGUCUGGAAGUGCUACAACCUCAGGUUGGCCACUUCCUUAG